CGACCGGUAAAGCAACAUUCGCGAGUCGGCCUCUGCCGAGAUCGCUGAGAUGUGGAUCCGCAGCUUGCAAUGUUCUCUAGUGGUGUUUUUCGCAUGCGCGUUUCUCGCCGGCUCAGAUAGUGUAUCAGCUGGUGCAUACAAUGGAGCCGGUGCAUCUCUGGGAUCUGCAUUAAGCAGCACCAGUGUACUUGAAGGCACAGAAAAUGUUCCUGAUGCUCACGAUAGGCAUAAAGAAAUUCGUAGCUACGACAGCACCGGUUUUCCCCAAGACAACAAUGCUAACCGUGGUGUAAAAUCUUACGGCACGCCUUCGGGACAUGGCGCCAGCCAUGAUCAUGGAAUAAAAGGCGGAGGUCACGGCUAUAAUAAGAAUGAUGACUGCUCUAAAUGCAAAUGGGAGAACGACGAAUAUUGGGAGCGGGAUGAGCCAGAGGAGGAGGGAGACGAAAACGAUGGGGAUGAAUGCGAUGAUGGGCAAUACAGACCCGAUAAAGUGCAUCAUCAUAGUCCUGGUAGAGGACACAAACCAGGAUCCCAUCCACCUGGUGUACAUAAGACUGGACCUACGGGUGUCUAUGUUGAUGGGGGAGGCGGUAGCCCUGGGGCUUCUUUAGGGGGUAUCAAUUAUCCGGGCACUGAAUAUUCGAGGCCAAUCAGUAGCUAUGAAAGUACUCCGAAACCUGGAUUUAGCUGGAAUACUCCAUUCGCUGAUGCAUCAAAACCCGGUUACAGCAGCGUAACUCCGAGCGCUUUUGGAACAACACCAAGUUCUUGGCCAGAUUGGAACCGAGGAACAACACCCGGUAGUUUUGGUUCCUCGCCAAAACCUUCUUGGGACGGUGGACGCGACGGUAGAUUUCCUUCAUCGCAGAGACCCGGUGCACCUGUCCCAAACUUCGACGCAACGACAAAACCCGGACAAAGAUGGCCCAGCAAUCAAUUCCCGAGCAGUUCUUUCGCGGUGCCACAUGCAGGAAGUACCAUAUCUCCAAGCUACGGAAAUCCGCAGGAAUAUCAGAAUAGACCUUACGGACAACCAGGAACGCAAAGCACAUAUGCUGGCGCUUAUGCUGGAGCAAGCGUAACAUCUGGUGUUGGAAGCCCUUAUGGAGCAACCUCUAACUUUGGAAGUACAGAUCAUCCAUUUGAUCUCCAUAAGCCAGCAAAUACCCAAGCACCGCAAGGGCCGCCAUAUGGAAAGACAGAUCAAGCACCCUCAAACAUUGAUAGUAAUUAUUAUGGUCUAGGAGGUUACAACAAACCCAGACCCGGUCCUUAUAAUACGCCCACGACUAUAAUAAAUACUAUCGGAACUACUAAAGGACCAUAUGAAAGAAUCGAUUCAUCUAAAACCGUUCCUGGACCUCAAACUGAUCUAUUUGCUCCCAGAAAAUCACCAGGCUCACUGGGUACUUAUGAGCAUCCGGGUGUCACGAAACCGAGUUAUGGAAGUACUACUUCCUGGUUAGGUCAGACUGAAAGCGGAAGUAGCACUUGGCAUGGUACAGGAAGUACUCCUCAUUCUGGAUUUCCAACGUUAAAUACUGGAUUUGGAACAACUAAAUCUCCGUUUAGUCACGUUAGCACCCCAAGUUCUAUAUUAUCUCCUCCAUACGACAGAACAGGACCGAAACAACCUAAUUUUAAUAUUGCAAGUAGUAGCGCAAUUGCAAGUGCUGGUUCAAGUGCGUUUGGAACGUCUCCUGGUACAUACAGCACUCCUAGCAUAACUAGGACUACCUCAUUGUAUGGUACAACACCAGCGUACAGAGGAAGUUCAAGUUAUACUCCUGGGGUCAAAGAUUCUAUCGGAAGUACUAAACCUGCUUAUGGAACUGUUCCUCAUACAUAUCCUAAUAUUGAAAGUGAUACUUGGCCUAGAGGACUACAGCCUGGUAGUGGCACUGGACCUUGGACUAGUGGGAAACCUGGAGAUGGAAGUGGAAUUACACCUAGUACGUAUUCUCCAGGUAUUAACAGAAUUUUGCCUGCCAAGCAACCUCAAGGAGGUGGAACUUGGCCUUCCGAACAACCUACAAGAGGAAGUGGAGGUUGGCCUAGCAAGCAACCAGGAGAUGGAAGUGGAAUAUGGCCAGGUCAGGCACAACCUAGACCUGGAAGUGGACCUGGAUGCGGGCCAGGUGGAAAUUGCGGAGGUACCACUGGUUUGCAAGGAGGUAGUAAUUGUGGAGGAUGUUGUGGGAAUUAUAAUUGCAACAGCGGUUGUAGUGGAAAAGAUAACGUAUCAACACAUGGAUUGUGUGGUGGAGUAAUAGGUCCUAGUGGUGUUAAUAAAACAUACUAUCCCGCUGGAACUGGUGAUGGAAAUGUUCCAAAUAUUGGAGCGUAUAGACCAGAUUCACUUCAUAAUACCGAAGCUGGUAUUAGGCCAAUUUACCCUGAAACGCAAGGCGCAAGUAUAACAUCGGAAAGGCCUGUGUCAUGGAAUUCAGCAAAUCCAUUCUUAUAUAGAGUUGGAAGCAGUACUCCAAGCAGCAAUUCGAAUCCUUGGAUUGAAAAUACAGAUAAUAAUAAACCAAUUGGUCCAGGAAAUCCUUUUCUCGAUUCAAGUUGGAAUCGUCCUAAGCCUGGAUAUAGCAACAAUGAUAGAAAUGUGAUCCCUCAUGAAGAAAAGCCGAUACCAGAAGGAAACAAUCCUUUUCUUAUACCUUUGAUAGGUGGAAGUGGUGACUCAGGUAGUCCGUCAUACGGUAAAUAUCCAGAUAGAUCAGGAACACCAGGAAAUUAUCCUGGAUCGGGAACACCAGGAAAUUAUCCUGGCUCAGGGACACCAGGAAAUUAUCCUGGUGUAGGGACUCCAGGUAAUUAUCCAGGAUCGGGAACAUCAGGAAAUUAUCCUGGUUCAGGGACAUCAGGAAAUUAUCCUGGAUCAAGAAUACCAGGAAAUUAUCCUGGCUCAGGAACACCAGGGAAUUACCCUAGCUCAAGGACUCCAGGUAAUUAUCCAGGAUCGGGAACACCAGGAAAUUAUCCUGGCUCAAGGACACCAGGAAAUUAUCCUGGCUCAAGGACACCAGGAAAUUAUCCUGGAUCGGGAGCACCAGAAAAUUAUCCUGGUUCAGGAACACCAGAAAAUUUCCCUAGCUCAGGAAUACCAGGAAAUUAUCCUGGUUCAGGAACACCAGAAAAUUUCCCUAUCUCGGGAAUACCAGGAAAUUAUCCCGGAUCAAGAACACCAGGAAAUUAUCUUGGAUCAGGAACACCAGAAAAUUAUCCCGGAUCAAGAACACCAGGAAAUUAUCCUGGCUCAGGGACACCAGGAAGUUAUCCUGGAUCGGGAAGCAAUCCUCAAGGUCCUGAUCCAUUACAAUGUAAGCUGGGUCUGUUUGGUUGUGGAACGCCCGGUAGUGGAAGCUACGCAGAUGGAAAAUACCCAGGAGGAACAUUCAGCGGAAAUGUUGGAACCGGUACUGGAAAUCCAAAAGGUGUUGGCAAUGUUCCUGGUGGGAAUCUCGGAGGAUUCGCUACCAGCGCAGAUCAUCCAGGAUCAGGUGGGAAUUUGGCGGCGUCCAUUAGUGGUGCCCAAGCGAGAGCUUACGCUGGAUCAUUCAGUUCUGCUCAAGCUUCCAGUUCCAGUUUCGCUGGCUCUUUUCCCGGCGCGCCAGGAUCCGCCAAUAAUUUUGGAAAUUUAUCUCCUGCGCAAAAUGGUGCGCAAAAUCAAGGCGGACCUAAUUCUUGGGCUUCUAGUGGUGCUUCUGCUUUUGCCAGUAGUAAUGCCGGAAGUUGGUCAGGAAAUCAUCCUGUUGACGUGAAGGGUUAAUAACCAGUUUAAUCAAAAGAUGAAUAUUAAAGUAUAAUAAAUACAGACGA